AUGGUCGAACUCCGCAAACGCCCUCCUCCAAAGGAAACGGCUACGCCGCCACCGAACGCCAAACGAGGCGGCGGUAGUACAAGCACCGUCAAGAAACUUGCGGAGAAAGCCAAGGGAGCAGUAUCUUCCAAGAAGAGUGACGACACCAGUAGUGGUCCAACCGCCGUGGAAGCACCUGCAAAGGCAAACGGUCAUGGAGGUACAAGUGCGAAGGGAAAAAUCGCUGUCGGAGAGAGCAUUGACCCGGACGGCUUCGGAGGUACUGUCCAGACGCACGACGGUACGAGCGUCACGCUUAAGGACUUGUUGGACAAGAGUGGCAAGGGAGUUGUUCUGUUCACGUAUCCCAGGGCCAGUACGCCAGGCUGCACAACCCAAGCUUGUCUGUUCCGUGACAACUAUGCCGCCAUCACCGAGGCUUCGUUGUCGGUGUUCGGCCUUAGCACCGACAGUCCUAAGGCCAACACGACUUUUGCUACUAAACAAAAGCUGCCGUAUCAACUCUUGUGCGAUCCUGGCGCCACGUUGACCGAGGCGAUCGGAAUGAAGAAACCUGGUCCAGGCAAGUCGACCACAAGAGGCGUCGUCGUGAUCGACAAACAAGGCGUCGUCCGUGUCUGGGAGCAGGCAGGUCCCGCAAAGACUUUGGACGCCGUGCUCGAGUAUAUCAAGACUCAGGGGGCAGAGGAGACUGGAGGACCAGCUGCCACAGGUGCAGCCACUGCUGAAAACCCUGCUGUGGCGGAGGACAAUACUGAACUGGCGAAUCCAGACACGAAGAUGGAUGAGGUUCCGCUGAUCAAAACUCCUUCCAAGGAGGAGCAAGAGGCCGCGACCACAGCGGCGGAAGUCGGUGAGACUGCAGCCAAGAUCGAUGCCGCCGUCGGUGAGCUCAAGCCAUGA